UCGCUUGUUGGACGCGGCGGCGUGGUGUUUGCUUCGCGGUUGUCUUCGAUUUCGGUCCGACAGCUGGCGCUUCAUUUUCAGUGAACGAACAGUAUACAGUGUUUGUUGCUUGCUGGCUGGUGGUAAUAAUAAAGUUUUAAAAUCUUUCUAGCGCAUUUCGGUGUCAGCUUGUUUUUUUUGUUUUACUAUUCGUUCGGCCGCCCAUUGGUUUCUUUUCCUGGUUUCAAAAGAAGACGCACAUAUGUGUAGUAGUGAAUCGUGAAUAUAUUAUAUUUUAUUGAAUCUUGUGGCUGCUGUUUGACGUUUUGUGAGACUUCGUCGUCGGCUGAUCGGGUCGCAAUCGUCACACUUCGGAUAAAAGCAGUGCACGAAUCCUUCGCAUAGUUUCGGAGCAAGCAGCACUCGUCUGGUCACACACACACAAAACAUGGCGUUCAUAUUUACAGAGAUGUACGACUGGUAUAGAGACCUAAUGGACAAUAAAAGUGAUCCACGGGUGGCAGACUGGCCGAUGAUGUUCUCACCGUUACCCACACUCGCACUGUGCAUAUUUUACGCAUAUUUUAGCAAAUCGCUAGCACCGAAACUUAUGGAGAAUCGAAAACCCCUAGACCUUAGGAAUUUUCUAGUGGUAUACAAUCUAUUCCAGACCGUGUUCAGUACGUGGAUAUUUUAUGAGUAUUUACAAAGUGGAUGGUGGGGCCACUACAGCUUCAGGUGUCAACCGGUGGACUAUUCCAACAAUCCCCUUGCCUUGCGGAUGGCGCGGACGUGCUGGUGGUACUACAUCUCCAAAUUCACCGAGUUCUUCGACACGAUAUUCUUCAUCCUGCGAAAGAAGUAUCAGCACGUGUCGACUCUGCACGUGAUCCAUCACGGCUGCAUGCCAUUUUCGGUGUGGAUGGGCAUGAAGUUCGCUCCGGGUGGUCACAGCACAUUCUUCGCCAUGUUGAACUCGUUUGUACAUAUUGUUAUGUAUUUCUACUACAUGGUAGCAGCCCUUGGACCAAAGUACCAGAAGUACAUCUGGUGGAAGAAGUAUCUCACCGCUUUCCAGAUGGUACAGUUCGUGGCAAUCUUCACGCACCAGUUCCAGCUGCUGUUCACCCAGUGCGAUUACCCGAAGGGCUUCAUGGUAUGGAUCGGUCUACACGGUGUCAUGUUCCUGUUCCUGUUUUCGGACUUUUACAAGCAGGCGUACAGUAAACGGAGGACAGCCAUCGCGAAGCGGGCAGCCGAGCAGUUGCAAUUGCAGCAGCAGCAGCAACAACAACAACAGCAAUACGAUGCCCUCACGCACAACGGCACCAGCAAUGGAGGUAUCAGUCAGCACCUCAACGGGCAUCAUCUCGCCUAUCAGAACGGAAAACUGUCGAACGGGGACCUGGCAAAUAAUAACCAGACGGGUGCCUGCAUGCCGAUCCUGGACGACAACGAGCUGCUGCACCAGCGCAAGCUAGCUGCCAACGGGGGGAUCUACAUGAACGGAUCCGGUCCAAAAGCGGCGUACACCAAUGGUAAUUCGAAUGGUUUCGUCGAGGAUUCCACCCGGGAUGUGAAUGCGAAUACGAACAACGCUGUUGGUGGUGAUGCGAAUGCGUUCCUACGGGUACGGAAGAACCAAUAACCCCAGCCAGCCCGGGGAUGACGACGGAGGACCAAUUUACAGCAUGCCAUUCGGGCACCGUAGAAAAAAAAACAGAAGCAGCAGAGUAGGGGGGACAGACAAAUGGGCAAAACCACCACCACCGCUGCCGCCGCUUUCACGUUUGUGUGGGAGUGUGAAAUGAUGUUUAAUCGUUUACUAGCUUGAUAGAAAAGCCCGUAUCAAUGUUCAACCAUUCGUUUUUUCUUUCUUCUUCAUUCGGAGGAACCUCAUCUUUCGGUGCAGCACGUCGUCUGGUUGGAGAUUGAAGGGGGUUUGGGGUGAGGUGAGGGUGCCUGGGUGAAGCUGCGCAGCGUUGGUUUUAGCGGAAAGUUACGUCUAAUGUCUAAUUAGUGGAAGUAAUACUAGAUAAGCGAUGUAAAGUGAGUGCAAAUAGGGUGGGUGAAUGCGUGAGAACUGAGUGCGGAAAGUAGGCGCGUUAUUAGUGCGCGAACGGUUUAGGAUAUUACAUUUAUAUAUAUAUUUAGGAUAGUAACAGUUUUUUGUUUGUCUGUAAGAGCUUCGAUAAGGCGUGUGAAACGCGCCAUGAACAAAGGUUAGGACGAGAUUUGGACGACUGGGUUCUUUUUCCUCUGGCACGAAAAACACAAAUUUAAGGAUCGUUUCAUGUUUGGGGCAACGCUGUUUGACCUCUUGUUCCUGAUCGAAUAGUGGUCGCAAGCGUUUUUUUUUUGGAAGACUUGUGGCAGAUGAAAGUGUAGGGGUGUACCGCAUGUGGCAUAGUGAACGUUUGGUUGUAAUCGGUUUGGCGUAAUGCUUAUUGAGAAGCAGGGACAUUUUGCACAAUGGUUCUUCAUUAGAAACAAGGACAUAUGACUUAAUAGACAUUUGGCGUAACGUUCCUUUGUGUAAUAAAUGUUUCGAGCAAUUGCAAUUUAUUUGAAAAGGAUAAUUAGUUCGACAAAUUUCUCUCGCUUUUUUAGCGAAAAUUAAUCGACCCUUAUUUCUUUCAUGUUAUGAUAACUAUUGAAGUUAUAAAAUUGAACAUUUUUCAAUCACUAAUAACUCGUACACUAUUCGAGGUAAUCCCCGAGAAUAACCUGGGUAGAUACCUCCUUCAUAGCAGAUGUCCGAUCUGUAUCGCUUUUCGUGGCGAUUAAUUGUAGAGGAGAGAAAGGUUCGUUUCUGCUUAUCUUCGGUAACAAUUGAGGUUUUAUGGCACUCUUGAGGCACUUCUUAAAACUUAGAACGCACUGGUAGUGUGCUAUAAAACCAAAAUUGUUACUUGGGAUCUUACACAGCGAGAGUGGCCCGGUGUCACUGGGUUCAUUAUGGUAGCAAGUGGAUUUUAGCUUCCUUUUUCUGAACAAGUCCCUGCACUGAAAGAAUAAAUUCGUAAAUAGAACGAAAACGUUUACAAAAUGCACGAAUCGGUUCAUCGUUUUCGGCAACCAAGCUUUUUCGUGCAUUGUAAAUAGUUGGUUUCUUCGUUCCACGUCUUAAAAACAUGGGGACUUGAUGAAUGAAAAUUUUCGUAAAUUUAAAUAUUUAGUGUACGUUGCACGAAAUUUAUCGUCGGAAACAAAACUAUUUUUCGUGAAGGAAACGAUAAAAUGUGUUAUUUUACUAAAUGUUUUACCUAAAAAAGCAAAUAGUUAGAAUGAUCGCCCGGAAGCGCGAAAUCGUUUCACCCUUAAUUUUCCCAUAACUAAAGUUUGCAGUUGAGCAGAUUUAGCAUCAAAAGGCUGAAAAUCAAAAGGCAGAAAUAAAUAAGGCGAAAUUUUCAAAAGGCGAAAAUUCAAAAGGCCUAAUGCUAAAAAGGUCGAAAAAUCAAAUUGCCGAAAACUCAAAAGGCGAAAACUCAAAAGGCGAAAACUCAAAAAGCCGAAACUCGUAAGGAAAACUUUUUAUAGCCGAUUAUUUCACAUUGUGCUAUUGUUGAUUGAUUGAUUGAUUGGAGAAGACAUCAUUUGAGAUUAAUACAAUCAGCCCCAAAUUCUAAUAAAAUUAAUUUCAAAAGACAAAAUGUCGAAGAGGUAAUAUUCAAACGUACACCCACAUUUUGAAUGGAUAAAAAUAUCAAAUGAGCUUCAAGAAUAAUUAAAAAUAUGUCAAAUAAUCAAUUGCUAAAAUUACUGUACCGCAAUUUCUCUUGUUACCAACUUAGCGCUCAAGUUUUCAGAAGUCGAAAAUCGCAUUAAUUCGGCCCUAUUCUGCGCGGCGUGUGACGUGAGACGACUAAUCGCACCUCACUAUAAGUGACUUUUCAUUUAAAAAAAAAUUCUCAACACGUUUCUCGCUAUAUCUCAGUAACCAAGCAGAAUGUCAAAAUUCUGACAACGCCACUUUGUAGAGAUUUUUAGACAAGUAAUGUGGCAUAUCUAACUCAGUUUACCCCAAAAUGGCGUUUGUCAUAAAAUAGCACAACAGCGACGAUCUAUCUUCUUCUAUAUAUAACCGAUUGCUGUAAAAAUUUGUACAUAGUAGACAUUUGUUGUGGAGCGUGUUUGUGUGCUAUUGGUUGAGGAUUAUCUGCCCGCCAGAAGGCGCUUUGGAACAAAUUGUGUUUUCCUCCUAUUUCGUUGAAAGUCGCAGCAACGCGCGAUGGGUAUUAGCUAGUAUUUCUAUAGAACUAUCAGUGAUAAAAGAAGGCAAUAUCUCAUAUAUAACUUUUUAAUUUUUUUUCUUGUUUUAUUAACGACUUAGAGUGAGUCAAUCUUUUUCCUUUUUGCCUUUCUCAUAUAAAGAAAGGCUAUGCAAUCACUGUAAAAAUCGACUUUUUAACCGAGGCCCGGAGGGCCGAGUGUCAUACACCAUUCGAUUCAGUUCGUCGAGAUCGGCAAAUGUCUGUGUGUGUGUAUGUAUGUAUGUGUGUGUGUAUGUGUGUGUGUAUGUGUGUGUGUCAUUUAAACUCACACAAUUUUCUCAGAGAUGGCUAAGCCGAUUUUCGCAAACUUAGUUUCAUCUGAAAGGUAUAACGCUCCCAUAAGCUGCUAUUGAAUUGUUAGUUGAUCCAACUUCCGGUUCCGGAGUUACGGGUUGAAGAGUGCGGUCACACAGCAAAUUCCCAUAUAAACUGGUACCACCAUGAUGUUCAAACGAUGUAAAACAUAUUAAAAUUGAUGUAACAUUACUCUAGUUUGCGGGUCUGGAUCACUAAUGAUCAAUCAAAGCAGCUUUGACCACAUUGGCCACCUAUGACGGUUCAUGACGCCCCCGGGGAACCCGCCAAGUUCCUAAGCUAAUAUCACACCCAUUCCCCAACGAAUUCUCUACCGAUUUUUACAAACUUGAUUUCAAAUGAAAGAUACAGUAAUACAAAUGACUGCUGCUGAAUUUCAUUCGGUUCUGACUUUUGCUUCCGGAGUUACAGGGGUGUUAGUAAGAAGCCGUGUGGUGUCCGGCGGGCUGAAAUCUUUUUGCACUAUUUCAACCAAGAAUAGAACCUCUGGGAACUGCUCCCAUGUCGUAAGAGGCGACUAACAACAUGCUAGGAGUUCCUAGGCCGACGUUUUGCUCCGUACCGAAGACUUAAUCUGGACGGACCUUAAGGUUUUCCAUAUUACCCUCUUUCCAGUCUGUAUUUAGUGAAUCACUGACAUAUACUCACCUUUUCUGAUUCGCCUUUCUUGAUUGGGUACCAACGUUUUAAGUUUCUUCUGGCGGUUGUAUAUUAGCCGUAAAUGACGAAAUCUAAUUCUACACUAAGUAACAGAAUAUAUUAAUAUACCGGCACUUCCACGCCAAGGUUUAACUUCCAAAGCUUUGGUUUAAAAACCGUUUUUAAAAAAUGGAAACUUUCAUGUAGGAAAUUUAUUGAAUUGGCCUAAGAUGGAGCUGUCGAAUUUCACAAAAAGCUUUUUAUGUUGCAAGUGAUCUGUAGUUGUGUUAAAUUAGGUAUUUUUCUAUUAUAUUUGGAACCGUCUACUGACAAAUCUACAUUUACGAAUACCUCCAAAAGUGACUCCUUGAGGUCUCAUGAAGGCCUGACACUAGCUUUAUGAUACUUUUGCUUUUCUAAACAGUAAUAAAAAUCUCAACAUUCAAGAACUUCACUUUGUCAGAAAAUGUAGGGCCAUCGGAAGCUAAAACUUCGUAAAAUCGCACUCCUGGUCCUUUUUUCAGUGCAGUACUCUACGUCACUCGUUCAAAUUUGCACCGCUCUUAUGGUAGUCGGUAUUUGCUAGUAUUACUGUUCUCCCAUCCAUUCUGGUAGUCAAACGGUGGGAUAGCAAAAUUCUUACAAGUUUCCUAUCUCAUGCCUCCACGCGAGUCUAAGUCUAUUGAUGACAUUUGGUCCUUAGACCGCAGAAUGAGAGGGUGCGAACAGAAUGAGAGGGUGCGAACAGAUCUAGUCGAGAAAACAUUGCCGUAAAAAUGAAUAGUUGAUCGGAAAUUAGCCCCAAUACGACUAAUCUGACUAGUAUCUAUGAACACGGCUCAAUACGUAUUGAAAAUUCGCCGCGUCUGUUUUUAUGAACCUAAUUUAAAGCUCCGUUAUUGCUAACAAGCCCGUGCAUCAGGUUAACAAUCCUUUAUAUUUCCCUUCAGUGUUCGGUAUUAUCGCUCGUAUACUUGUAUUCCACAAACAAUCCGAUAUGGAAAAUAAGAAAUACUUUCCUUGAUUUAUAACAUCUCUCGCUAUUUUUGCCUGUAUAAUGUGUUAUCACUCGGUAGUUUUCAAGCCAAUAAAUAUAUCGUAGAGAAGAAGUAGCGAAUUCUGUCCAAAUACUGUUGCAAUAAAUAGUGAUCCGGCCCAUUACGCGGAUAAGAUUAGCUUUUCUAGGCAAUACUCCCACGGUCGGCCGUGUGGAGUUCAAAUUGCUUUUGUUUAGGGAACAUAGUAUACUCUCGGUAGCCGGCUGCCCAGAGUUUAAAAAUAACCAAAAACUAAACAAGAUCAUCUCUUUUUCGAGUGAUCGUGCACUCGAAGACUAACUAAACAACUACCUAAUAAAACAUGCUUUACAGGUCGCAUCGUUUGCUUGGAGCGAAUCCUAGACCUGAUACCCUUCCAAACCACCAACUCCGCGACACCUAUGGAAGAGUCUGAUGAAUCGUCGUCCUUCCGUUAAGUAGGUGGAGCAUCAACACUUCCCAUCUACCUUAUCCUUUAUCCUUCCCCGUGAACGAUGGAGAUGGGGGCGGCCGGCAAUGAUGGCUAUCAUGCUGUUGAGAUUUUAAUAUGGGUCGGAUUGGUAUGAAUUCCUACUUACCACUUCCUAAGCAACUCUUAUUAGAUAAUCAGCAGUCAAACAUGAUGAAGUCAGUGUGCAAUCCGCCAAAAUCAUCGUCACAACGCAACGCAACGCAACGGAGUUACAGGGGUGUUAGUAAGGAUACACUGGAAUUUCCCAUAUAAAUCGGUACAAUCGUAAUACCUCAAAGGCUAAAAACUAUUGAAAUGGUCACCAAAUUACUUCUACUCGCAGAUCUAGAUCACUGAUUGCCAAUCAAACAUUCUUUGAAUAUAUUGUCCACUAUCGACGAUUCCGGAAGUCCGGAAUUUCGGGCAUAUUCCACAAUUAAAGUCACAUCGGUUCUUCGGUGAUGACUGAACCGAUUUUCUCAAACCAAGUCUCAAAUGGACGGCAAAAUAUACAGUUGAGUAUUGCGUCGCCGCCCCUCCCACCCACCUUGCCCGGACACCUCCCUCCUUCAUCACUCCCCUCCCCUUGGACCACCCUCACGCCCGCAUUUCCUUCAUCCACCCCGUAUACGUUUCAAACCUAUUCCACCAACAUUUCAAAAUAUAAUCACAUGAAGAUAACAUUGAACUCAUGCUGAUUAAGCUAAUUAAAUAUUAUUGUUUUGCCUUUCUCAUAUAGAAAGGUUAUGCAAUUGCUCCAAAAACUGACUUUAACCGAGGCCCGGAGGGCCGAGUCUCAUAUAACAUUCGACUCAGUUCGCCGAGAUCGCAAAAUAUCUGUGUGUAUGUAUGUGUGUAUGUAUGUCUGUAUGUAUGUAUGUAUGUAUGUAUGUAUGUAUGUAUGUAUGUAUGUAUGUAUGUAUGUAUGUAUGUAUGUAUGUAUGUAUGUAUGUAUGUAUGUAUGUAUGUAUGUGUGUGUAUGUGCGGAUUUGUUAAUUUGAAUUUCAUUUUCAACCGACAUCUUCCGGAUAAAGAGUUGAGAGUAUGGUUACUAAAAAAAAUGGUUGAUUUGUCCACAUCGGUUUCUCGGAAUUUUCUGAACCGAUUUUGACAAACUUGAUUUUAAAUGAAAGGUCCAUCAGCUGCUGUUGAAUUUUGUGUGGAUCCGAGUUCUGGUUCCUGAAUUACAGGGUGAUACGCACGAUCACGCAGCAAAUCCCGAUUCUAACGAAUUCUACGAUAAAUGUAAAAAGGUGAUUUUUUUUCCAAAAUGUAAACACAACUGCUGAAUUUGUAGAUCUAGGUCACCAACAGUCAUUCAAAGUCUCUUUGGCCACACUGGCCACCAUCGACGGAUCCGGAAGCGUCCAAAUUCAGAAUAACGGUUAUAUUGGUUUCGCGAAAAUGGCUGGACCGAUAUGAUCAACUUAGUCUCAAAUGAAAGGUGUUGCGUCCCCGGAAACUGAUAUUAAAUUCCAUCUUUAUCCGACUUCCGGCUCCGGAGUUACGGAUUGUGGAUGAUACCGCGAUGAAUGCAAAAAGGUGCUUUUAUAUAUACUUACCAAGUGUAAUAAGAAUGAAAGAAAUUUCCAUAAUGUUAUAUUGUACGAACCAGCUAUUAAAUAAUAGUUUGGAUAAAUGAGAAAGGCACAAUUGCACCACUAGGUGGAUUGAAACAGGUUUUUAUAUUGUAAGUUUAGAAAAGCGUGGAGUAGGGUCAUAUGAGCAAGCUUAGAGUUCCGACAACAUAAGUCAUUAAAGUGACUUUACGCUUGUCCGCAGACUCAGGUGAUUCGCAUUUAAUGCCAAAAGAUCCUGACUCCUGCGUUGCAGAAGACAAAGAGUUAAGUAGCCGGAAAACUCUUAGCUUGCUCAUAUGACCCUUCUCCACGCUUUUCUAAACUUUCUUACUUCAAAUCCUUGCUCUUCCUUGAGUACUAUGGCUCCUAAUACUCAUAUAUAACGUUAUUAUUAUGUGACGUUAUUAUAUAGAAUAGAAAAGAUAAAUAUGAUAUUUUCAUUUUACUCCUGCUGGCGUUUAGCAGACAUUUCGCCUAACGAUUUUUCGGCAUAAUGGUCAUUUGAAUUAUUUUUACCUCCAGGGUAACAGUCAUUUGGUAUAUUUCUAAUGUCCGUCGUUUGUCGUAACGGACAUUUGGCAGAACAAUUUUCAUCUCAAGGGUAACGGUCAUUUAACAUACUUUCUAAUUUGCGUAAAAUGAGGGUCAUUUGGCAUAACGAACUUUUGGUAUAAUUUUGAGAAGUUGUCACACUGAAAGUUAUUUGACAUAUAUUUUCAUCUACAGGGAAAAAGAAAUAACUGUGCGAGAGGCAAGACCAUUUGGCAUAAUUUUAAACCGUGCUACUGCUGAGGGUAAUUAUGUUCAGGAAAUUUUAAUUUAGCAUAAUUGGUCGUUUGGCAUAUCUACAUUUAGAUUCUAUAACAUUAUCCAGAAAGCCAUCUCCUAGCAAAUAAAAUGCUGCAGCUUUUUCCCGGAUUACCUUUUACAGAUAUUACCAAUUCCCAGAAAACUUAUCUCCAGAAAAUACCAAAGCGCAGAAAACUCCCACAGAAAAUUAAAAUCCAGAAAUAUGCAUCAAUUUCAAUUUUAAUGCAAUUCAAAAAACUCGAAUAAACCGCUAUAUUUAAGUAUACCGGGCAGACAAGAAGUUCACAACUUUUCUGGCAUGAUUUAUUUGCGUGAACAUUCAAAGAACUGCUCAUGUUUGAAAGAAGGAAUCAAUUUCUAUGUUUGAGUAAACCGGGAAUACGCAAAAAUCACAUGUUAGCUUGCGGGGAUCCGCUUACAUCAUUUCAGUUCCUUGAGUUAAGUAACUUCACCACAUGACCUUACUUACUAUUAUUUUAAAAUCCAUCAACAAGUCCCGAUCAAAAUGAAAUAACAAGAUUAUAGCAGAACACAAUUUUUGUAACAGUAGUUAAAAUAACAGAAAUUUAUAACAAGUUACAAUGCGAGAUAUAGUUUUGAAAUAUUUUUGUUAUGUGUUUCUGAUCGGGGUGCUACACACAACACGGUUUCAUUCUAUUCUAUCCCAGAAAGGGCAAGGAGGAUGGGUACCACCUCCAAUGAUUGUGGCUAAAUCGACUUUCCCGAUUUCAAACAUUCGCUGAUCUUUUAUCCAAAGGGAAGAACUAAAAAUUAAAUACCGCUUCUGGCACAAGAUGAUAAUUGAAUCAAUUUUCAAUGUCUAUAAAUAUUUCUCAGACAUCUGCUAUAAGAAUUUUUUGCGACUUUUCUACCUUUUCGCUCCAAAAUUAUAACUAGCUUCUCAUUGGAUUUUUUCUAUUCAAUUAAAUUCAAUUAUUAGGAGUAUGCGUAUAGAGAACAAACGAAAUUAGGCCUUGCAAAAAGUUUGCAUUUUGUAAUUUCGCCUUUUGAUUUUUCAACCUUAUAGAAUCGGCCUUAUGAAAAUUCGGCCUUAUGAUUUUCAGCCUUAUGGUCUCGACCCGAAAUAUUACUUCUGCCACAUUCAACCCCUUUCCGAGAAGUACAACCAGGUUUAGUUUCAAACUUGAGUUGAGGUAAAACGGGAUCUUCGAUGGCCAUUCAACAGGAUGGUGGAAUGACAUUUCUGCAGAAAAGUACAAACAACUUAAUCAAAUGACACCUCUGCUCAAAAGAACUAAAAGUCAAUGUACUUCCCCACUUGCCAGAGCCGUACUGCCCAUGAUCGCAAAUCAGUCCCAUAAAGAUACGAAAUCCCAUAGAAAACGGGACAAAUAUGCGAUCAUGGGCAGCGUAGUGGCCUUCUGGCGCCCUUUGCGAAGUCUUGCCCCCUUUGGGCAUUUGUCUGAUUAAUCUAACCGAAAAGUAAUGCCCUCAAUAUGAAGCACCAAAACACUAUAGUUCAGUGAAAUUUACAUAUAAGUUUGAUGAAAAUUUGCCUUUAAUAUCAUUCCAAGUCAGGUGUUUAAAGGUUAUGGAUGGAGCAUUCUUUCGGAAGACUGCGAAAUACAUAAGUUAACGCUAGGUACUUAAAGGCGACGGACAAAGAAACGCUCCGCCAGACUGUAGAUCGGUUUAUUGAGCGAACGAUUUAUUAGAGAAUUCAACACGCUUCUAUCACACGACAUUUCGAAGACUUUAUUUGAAUAUUUCUUGAGCGUUUUUUCAAAACGUCAUAUCUGCAAUGAGUUACUCUCUUUGUUUACUUUCUCUUCUGUUAAUAAUUCGGUCAUUUUAACAUUUAUCCCUCAACUCUGCAUAAUAUGCUAGUUAAAACCACCGUUUUUCGAUCUGUACUGUAAAAUAAGUGAAAAGUGUUAUAGUGACGCCGUAAAAAUCGAAAGAGAAAGUAAACAAAGAGCGUAACUCAUUGCAGAUAUGACGUUUUGAAAAAACGCUCAAGAUUUGUUCUUGCACCAACCGUUCGGUAUAUUUACUACCGAUGCUUAAAAACUGGUAAAUAUACAGAAGUGAGCAGGGAACCCAUGAAAAAUUACCUUUCCCGAUCCUGGGUACCACUUUUUGUUCCUCAUACCACCCUGAGACAGGUUCAAAUUUGGUCAUCAUUUACCUAUUCAUCGGAUUAAGUAUAUAUGGAAAAAAAUCACAAAAAAUAUAGCGGACAAUAAUACAACAGAUUAGGAUUAUCGCAGUUGUCGCUGUUCGUAACGAUACUCGAGUGUCGAACUAGUGACAAUCCGAAUCAUGUAUUUUGUAUGUUCUAUAUAGAUGAAGAAAUACCACGGUUUUCGAUUUUCAUCACCAGGCGGCAUUUCUAACGUCCAAUAAGUAAUUCUGAAAGUCUUAACGGAAAUUGUGCGCUUAAAAAUUAAAAAACCAGAAAAUGAUUUGAACUGAUCCAAACAGCUUAGCAUGUAGUAGAACUAGUGUGUGACUGAUGCGGAAAAGUGCCCUACAUAAUGCUAAACAAAUCCCUUUUAAGUGAAAGUAGAAAUUAUAACUGGUUACGAUAGAUUGGCACAUGACUGAUAGGCAGAGGUAGAAGGUGCCCGUAGUAGUAGGGAAAGUUGAUUCUUCCUUGUGAUUAAAAUGGAUUUGUGCAUUAGUGUGUUAGGCCCUUUGCCACUAUCAGUCAGAUAUCAUUGCAUCAGAAUGCGAACAACUUUUUUGGAUCCAAUCAAAUUAACUUGCGUCCUGCAUAAAUGUAUCGAGCUUGAAUUUUCUUAUAAGAAUUUCAGACUUUCGCUUUCGGAAUGGGUUAGGAUGAGCAGAUGUUUCCGGGACGAAUGCAUGACGCGCUCUAAAAACCUUUUACAGAUGUACCUUUCCUGAAUAUUUAGAGACUUUUUGCAGAUCUGAGAUACCUAAUUUGGCUCAAAUUUCAAACAGUAUCAGAGUAUGGUAUGUGGAAUAUUUAUAACUGUGUAAAAUAAUUUCUGCUGUCUCGCGAUCCUGGAGGCAUGUUGGUAGACUUGAGUGAUUCAUAGUUAUGCUGUCUAAGCUCGACUCCUACUAACAGAAAACAAAAGAUUAGCCUGUAAGAUUUUAAGUCUGUUUCUAGUGUGCCCUUAACUCACAAAUGUGGUUUUAAAAAACUUUCUCCUCCAUGGUAAAAAAAUAGUUUUGACCUAAAUUUUUACUGAAAACUAAAGGGAAAAAUUUGCGUAGUGUAAAGUUCUCGAGUUUUUUUUUCUUACCAUUUUUCACACAAAUAGCUAUUUUGAGAGACAUUUUUCGGUUUAAUUCCACUAUAUUAUAAAAAGCUGCAAUGUACUUUAAAAUCUACCCUGCAUUACCCAGAUAAACUUGCAUUUCAAAAUACAUAUGCUCCUUGCUAUAAUAAAUACGUAUUUCAACUACGACUUGUACUUCAUUGGUGUAGACUAGUAUCAACACUGAUUUUUAAAUAUAGUGGAAUUUAAUCGAAUAACAUCUCUCAUAGACGUCAAUAAACUUUAUAUGGCAAAAGUGCAUAAUGACAAACGUCCAUUACAUCAAAUGUGAAUUACAUCAAACGUCCCUUAACCUAACAAUUUUUUUUUCUAUAAAUAUUACGCCAAACGCCGCGAAAGUCCAUUAUGCCAUUACCGGGGGUACACCCAAGUGUUGUAGGUAGCUAGCAGGGAAAAAGGUUUAUUUUUUAACUUUUAAGAGAGAUUUACGCAAUAAAAGCUACAAAGAUUUCUCCGGAUGCUGACACCCUUGUAUUUAUCUGUGGAAAUGAUUUUCAUACAGCACCAUGAAUUGUUAUUUUAUAUCUGAAUAAAUGUCACUUUCGGAUUCGGCUUUCGAAGAGAACUCA